UCGUAUAUGUAUAUCUAUCGUUUCGAGUAGUCGAGUGAAUCCAGACAUAAUUCUUAUGUUUUCAGGGAAGUGUGGAAAACAUUUACUCCGCGUGAAAGAAAAUGCUGCGAAUUAUCCGAAAUAUAGCGUGACAAGAGUUGUCGCAUGAUUGAUUUAUCUUGCAUAAUAUAGCACGUAUAAAAAUGCGUAACGCCGUGUUGAAUUUAUUGUGCACCGAAAUCAUCCGUACCGUCCGCAAUGCAAGACUUUUCAAACUGCAAAGAAGGUGGACGUAUUUGUCAAGCGGGCGUUUCUCCACGCAAUCCGACGUGGAGUACGACGUGCCAGUCGAAGAUAUUCGCAAUUUUAGCAUAGUCGCGCACGUUGAUCACGGUAAAAGUACGUUAGCGGACAGACUGUUGGAAUUAACAGGUGCCAUAAAGAUAAAUUCUGGCAAGCAGGUCCUGGAUAAUCUUCAGGUGGAGAAAGAACGCGGGAUCACUGUGAAAGCGCAAACGGCCUCGCUGUUUUAUACGUAUCGCGGCAAGAGGUACCUCCUGAAUCUUAUCGACACGCCCGGUCACGUUGAUUUUUCGGCCGAGGUUCAUCGGUCGUUGGCGCCUUGUCAGGGUGUCGUACUGCUGGUCGACGCUAACGACGGCGUGCAGGCGCAGACAGUGGCCAAUUAUUAUCUGGCGCGAGAGAAGGAUCUCGUGAUAAUACCGGUAAUUAAUAAGGUGGACUUGAAGAAUGCUAAUCCCGAGAAGGUCAAGGAGCAGUUGCAAACGCUACUCGAUGUGGAACAUGUGGACGUUAUCAAGAUAUCCGCCAAGCUGGGCACUGGUAUCGAGAAAGUUCUGGAUGCCAUUGUUGAAAGAAUUCCACCGCCCACGGUGGCUAGAGACAAGCCCUUCCGAGCGCUGAUUUUCGACAGCUGGUACGACAAGCAUAAAGGGACGAUUUCUUUGAUUUAUGUGAAAGAUGGGUCGCUGUCGGUCGGCAAACAAAUUAGUUCGGCAUAUAUGAAAAAGUCGUACGAAAUUCGAAGUAUCUUCCUUCUUAGACCCCAUACAGAAAAUGUAAAGACAAUAUUUGCUGGACAAGUAGGCGCUAUUUCGUGCAACAUGAAGUCUAAGGAGGCCCACAUUGGUGAUACUUUACAUCUGCGGCAUCAGCCUGUUGAUUCCUUAGAAGGAUUCAAGCCACCGAAGCCAAUGGUGUUUGCAGGAGUGUAUCCAAUGGAUCAGUCACAAUUCCCCUCUUUGCAAGCAGCUAUUGACAAGCUUGCUCUAAAUGACAGUGCUGUAAAUGCCGUUUUAGAGUCAAGCGCUGCGCUUGGAAGGGGAUGGCGAAUCGGCUUUCUAGGCUUAUUACAUAUGGAGGUCUUUAUUCAACGUCUUGAACAGGAAUACGGGGCACAACCGAUAGUUACGGCACCGUCAGUGACUUACAGAGCGAAGAUUUUCGGCAGUAAAAACAUAACGAAAUAUCAAGGCGACACAGUGAUUUUUAAUAAUCCAGUGCAUUUUCCAGACCCCCAAAUUGUCACCGAAUUUUACGAGCCUAUGAUUCUAGCGACUGUCAUUACGCCAGAUAUAUACAUGAGAGAAAUUAUAUCACUUUGCUGGGAGAAGCGAGGAUUAGAAAAACUGACCAAGCCUAUUGGCAAGGACAGAUUCAUGCUGCAAUAUGUGAUGCCACUGAAUGAAGUAAUUCUCGAUUUUCACGAUUCCUUGAAGAGCAUAAGUUCUGGUUACGCCAGUUUUGAUUACGAAGAUUGUGACUAUCAAGUGUCCGACGUAGUAAAGAUAAAUAUUUUGUUAAAUGGACUUGUGGUAGAAGAAUUAGGCACAAUUGUACAUAGAACGAAAGCAUCUCAGAUAGGUAAGAAGCUAUGUGUCAAGCUUCUCGAAACCAUUCCACGACAGCUUUUCGAAAUAGCGAUUCAAGCAGCAGUAGGAAAUAAAGUGAUCGCGAGGGAAACUUUGAAGCCCUACAGAAAGGAUGUGACAGCAAAAUUAUACGGUGGUGAUGUUACUAGAAGAAAAAAAUUGUUGGCGCAGCAAGCGGAAGGAAAGAAGAAAAUGAAGAUGAUAGGAAAGAUUUCCUUACCACGGGACACUUUCAUAAGCGUAUUAAAAAGAUAGCAGCAAUUUUAUAUUUAAUGUAAUAUCCUAUUACAAAAUAAUAACAUUUAUAAAAAUA